AUGGCGUCCCCCCAACAGCCCGCGUCUCCUAGACACAGUCGAGGUUUCAGUUUCAGUGGCAGGUCCGACAAGUCCAGCAAUUCUGGCAGCCAUAAAGUCCGUCUCUCCGAAUCUGCUGAGGAGAAACAUAAACGUACUCUACAUACCAAAGCCGACCCCAUGGUUGCUAUGAGCGAGGCGCAACCAAUGUUGGUUGCUUUGGAAAAGUCCACUCUCGGCUCUUUAAGGGAGAUGCAGCAUAAGGACCAGUAUGGGAAUGUCAUAACUGACCCUGAUCUCUCGAAUCCCACUCGUCCUCGACUUGAGCGCCCGUUGGAUACAAUUCGGUCUUUUGAAGCCGCCAUCUACGGAACGUACAAUAGCAGACCAGUAUCCUACGCAAGAACAGGACACAACGGCUAUUCUAGAGGUUAUAACGACCAAAACGGCCACUACCAUGGACGUGGAAAUUAUUCCCGACCGGAGAGUUACAUGGAAGGCAACUAUGGCGGCGGGCCGCCCCCUGAGAAUUACUACCCAUAUAACCAACAAGGCGGCGGAAGACGACCGCGUCCCCGCCAUCGCAUGGAAUCCGAGUAUCAUGGAGGCUAUGCACCAAAUGGAUAUGGGUCAAAUGGCUACCACAAGUCCUACGAAAACGUAACGGCAGCGUCUGGAUCGGGGAGCAAUACCGAACCUUGGACCAAUUCAACCGAUCCAAGCUCUGUGAACAGCUCUAUCGACCAGUUACAGCGGCAACAGCAAGAGCAGCAACAACAACAAUUGCAGCAGCAACAGCAGCGGCAAGAGAAAGCAGUGGCAGAUAGGUAUGGGUUCUCGGGAUUCGGCCCUGAACCAAACCUCAACAACGGCGGUGCAUUAGCCUCUGGGGCAGCUGGAACUGGGCGAAUCAACCUGAACAAUUCCGCUCCAGUCACCGAUCCCACUGCUGGAGGCCCUGUGGGUGGACCACCCCCAACCGCCGGCGCGCCCACCGCUCGUCGUCAUCUACGCAAAGCUACGAACGCGUCCGAAGCGAGCGAUACGAAGCGAAAGAGCUGGUUCAAGCGGAGAUUCAGCAAGGACUAG